CUUCCAAGAAAAUGCAACAACAAUCACCCAAAAAACCUCGUCUUGAUGAAACCCAAAGCAUCACAGCGACUACCAGUGCUUUCCUCCGAUACGCAAACUUGAUCCUUCCAUGGCUGACUGCCCAAGAGCUCGCUGCCAUCUCCCUCACCUGCAAAACCCUUUCCCUAAUCUCUAAAUCCAUUACACUCCGUCGUUCCAUCGACGCCGCUCGUUCCCUCGAGAACCUCCCUGUGCCGUUCCGCAACGCCGUCGAUGGUCACCGCUACGCCUACUUCGUCUACAGCCCGCGUCAGGUUCUCGCCUCCUCUUCUCCGGCCUAUCCCUCGCCGCGACAGAAAUGGGGAGCGGCUCCUGAUGCCCGCGAAUGGGACGGAAUCGGUGGGAAUCCGGUGAGUCGAGUUGGUCCGAACUCGGGAAAUGGGUCACAGGAUCUCCCAGAUUCGGUUUCGGUUUCUAGUCAUGGAGAGGUCAGCGAUUCAGGUGUGAUGGCAGAGUCGACGUCUGAAAACGGGUCGAGGCGUUCCUCUGACUCGGCGGGUGGAUUCGGGGUGAAUCUGGUGGACGAGUCAGGGGAGAGAGUUGGUGGGUGUGGCUGCGUGACGUGCGACGAGGGGUAUUGCCCGUGCCUGGCGCUUGCGGGCGUGGAGAUAGCGAAAGAAUGCGGGUCGGGUUGCGGGUGCGGGUCGAAUUGUCCCAACCGAGUAACGCAGAAAGGGAUUUCGGUUCGUCUGAAGAUCGUAAGAGACGAGAAGAAAGGUUGGUGCUUGUACGCCGAUCAGUUCAUAAGGCAAGGCCAGUUUAUCUGCGAAUACGCAGGCGAGCUCUUGACGACAGAGGAAGCGAGGAGACGGCAGAAGAUGUACGACGAACUAAGAUCGACAGGUUUCAGUCCAGCACUUCUGGUGGUGAGGGAGCAUCUUCCUUCGAGGCAGGCGUGCCUAAGGGUAAACAUCGACGCCACGAGGAUCGGGAAUAUCGCGAGAUUUGUCAACCAUUCGUGCGACGGAGGAAAUCUGUCGACGGUUCUGGUCAGAACAUCGGGAGAGUUGCUUCCGAGGCUUUGCCUGUUCGCACGGAGAGACAUAGAAUCGGAAGAGGAGUUGACUUUCAGUUACGGAGAGGUUCGUGUCAGAACCGACGGAAUGAAGUGCUUCUGUCGCAGUUCCUCCUGUCUUGGAACCUUGCCUUGCGAGAUCACUUAGGUUUCUUCUCUUCUCAUUCGCAUCGAUUCUUCUUCUUGUUCUUUCUCAUCUUUUGGAAUUAUUAUUAUUAUUAUUAGGAUAAUCAAAGGUUAUGUUGUCAAGGUAAUACCGUCAAACUUCUUCCCCAUCCCGGGAUUAGUUUGGAUCUUGAUCCAUCAAGAACGGAUUAAAGAUUAA